AUGUUCCGAGCUCGUAGUGGUUUUAGACAAAAGUUGGUAUACAUUAUCCCAAAUUCCAUUUUAUACAGCUCCUGGCUGCUUGGAUUAUUUCCAUUUUCCAAGUAUGAACGGAAGCAGAGGAGAUUGCUUCGCUCAAAGUGGUUAAUCCUUUACGGAUUUCAACUGAGUUUUGGUAUGCUUUUCCUGAUAGUAAAACAGAACGGAGAGAGCCAGGAAAACGUGGUCUUUCCUAGAAAUUUUGUGCUGCAUCAAAUUAGUUUGCUAUUGGGAAUACUCGGAGUGUUGACCAUCUGUACGAUGCAUUUGCGAACCUUCUGGAGGAGCAGGAAUCUGGAGGGGAUUUACAACGAGUGGAUGCUUCUUGAUGUCAAGUUCUUUUGCCCUGGUGCCGUGGAGUGUCCCACAUUCGAAGUUAUCCAUAAGGGUUUCCUAAUAGUCGUAGGACUGCAUUCCACAUGGAUUGUGCACUUUGGAGUACCGGAUCAAAAACUGCCCAUUAAAGAUCUUUUGGUCAUUAUGUUGGUCAAACUGGGAACCUUUCUCCUGGCCAUACAUUUUCAUUUUGCUGCCGCCUUCAUCUACCGUUUUGUAUGGCUUAUAAAUAGAGAACUUCUGGCCUUGGUAAACUCUUUGGGGAAGAACCGCCAGGGUAUCUCCUCCAGAGUUCGUUUACUCCUGAGAGUCUACGAAAAAUUUGUGAGUCUUUAUGGAGGACUAACAGAGUGCUACGACUAUCAGACGUCCCUAAUGAUGAUAGCCUUCCUGGCUGCCAACAUCAAUGUUUGUUUCUAUAUGAUCUUGUUUAGGAUCGGUAUGAGCAAUAUGCUGUUCAUGUUUCCUUAGGCACUGGUCAACAAUUUUUUCGAUUUUUGGCUGACUAUUGCAAUUUGUAAUUUGGUCGAAUGCACUGGAAGAAGCUUCCUGAAGUUAUUUAAUAAUAUUAAGAAUAUGGAUAAAGAGCUCGAAAGAAGUAUCUCUGAAUUUUCCUUAUAUUGCAGCCAUUGGAGAUUGAAAUUCCCUCACUGUGGGUUAUUCCACCUUAAUCGGGAGAUGGGUUUCCAAAUGCUGGUCACAAGCGUUUUGUACUUGCUUUUCCUGGUGCAAUUUGACUUUAUGAACUUGUGA